CAUCACUUCCUUGUCCCAUCACAUCAUUUCUUCCUCGACCGUUCCUAGCGCAUCACCACAGCCAGCACGCCCAGCCUCACACCACGCAGCUGCACUGGAUCUCGUCUGCACCAAGCUGGGGUGACAGCUGUUCCCCGCUUCUCAGCCAGCGUCAUUGGCUUCCCUCCGCCAACUCAUCCCUUCGAGUCAGCAUGCCGUCCUCUAGCUCAGAUUGCGAGCAAGACAGUGCUUGCACUUCGCUGCUCAGCGUGUAUUCAGGCGACCACGUCAAGCCUGACUCCAGCAAGGAGCUUAUUGAAGACGGUGUGCUGACCGUGUAUACCAAUGGCUCGAGGGACCUCUCCUCGCUCGCUCGCGUUCAAAUCUAUGGCCAGGUCCCUAAGGAAAAUCCCUACUGGACCAACAGUGCUCGAGUGCGAGAGGACAUUCGAAGCUUGAGGGCUCUCACCAUCCGAUAUGACUCUUCUGGAAGCAAACUCACCAAGAGCGAUUUCGUCCAAAGGGAUGUUCGGGAGAGAAUCUGGCGCUAUGUCCGCCAUCUCUCCCGCGACAGAGGCGUCGAUCUCCCUGAAGUAUGCUUUGACCAGCAUUCAGCGUAUAGCCGCAGCGGCAGUGCAUUUAUCGACCUCGUCUUCACAUCCGCUUCGACGCUGACGGCUGUCGUCAAAUCACUGAAGGAGAUCCUAAUCGAGUCUCCAGACCAGGAACAGCAACGCUACGUUUACCUUUGCUGCUCAAACACUUUACCGGGCGAAAUUUUUGUCGUCGAGUGUCUCGGGCUGCCCCUUGACCGCCUAGAUGUCAAGGAUAUUGCAAAGGGGCUUGACUUGGCUGUGUCACGCGUCGGUCACUUGCUCGGCUUGGCCAAGGUUGUCGCGAGCUCAUGGUCCACGCGUGUCGAGGACAAGUACACCGGCAUUGUUCGAGCCUAUGUUCGCCUGUCUCAAGAGAGCCUCAGUCUACCUCACGCAGACUUCAUCAAGCGCUUGCCCACGCGAUUCAAGCUCGCAGGACUCUCGUACACACUCCAGUACGCCGGCAGCACUCUCCGACCCCAGAACAUCGAGUCGCAAGACAUCUUUGAGCGUGGCGGGGAGAAGGUCACAACGAGGCCUUUGGGCGGCUCUGCGGCGGGUCCAUCAAAGCGCAAGAGGUCUAGCGAGGAGUAGCUUUCGUUGCCAACAGCUCGACGAAAAGUGGCACCCGCACCGACGGUUCCAGUACAUCAGACUUGUCCAUUGAGCCCACAACCACUCUCCAACUUCGGCGCGCCAUCUUUACCGAAGCACCCCACUACCUCAACGACCAGCGGCCGUUCGCUACCCGUCGCGCAGCUCACUACCUUCCUAGUCAAGAGAGCCUGUGCCGCAUCUCUGUCCGACUCUUCGCCCUUGGGCCACUUUGCCAUUGAGAGGUCAUCGAAACCCGUGCGAAAAUUCGGCAUGACGGUCAGCACCAGUGCCUCCAUGACCCCUUCAGUCAAUCCCGCCCCUCCUCUCUUUCUCCUACCCUUGUAACUCUUCCCCUCUACCAAGCUGUGAACACUUCGCUGCUCUGACUGGAGCAAGUCGAAGUCUCUCCUCCCUCGUGAAUCCGAAAUAGCCA